AUGGAACAGUUUCAAGUGGACCAGGAUGGCAAGAGAAGCUUGCCGCCCCUUUCUCACAUCAUUCCGGGCCAGACACAACCUCCAAGCCAACAGCACUCUCCCAGCACACACCAGUCAAAUUCAGGGUCCAACUCUCCUCAACCAGAACAGGACAAGCCGGAGCCCAACGAUGCCAUCACCCAUGUUCAGCAGCAUGAUCAAAAGCUUUCCCAGCAGCCUCAGCAUCAAAUGUCGAUCCCUCAACCAUCUCAAAUACCUGUACAAUAUCAGCAGAUCGCAGUCCAGCAACAGUUCCCACAGCAGGCAGCGAUACAGUACCCACAGCAGCUACAACAGCAGUACCUGAUGCAGGCUCUUCAGAUUCCGCCUCCGCCCCAACCGCCACAGCUGGACUCUUCCAAGUUGUUUGAAAAAUGUACCUGUAAGCAGGAAGGAAACCGGAUUCCUAGGCCUCGGAACGCUUUUAUUUUGUUCAGACAAAAGCACCAUCAGGCACUGUUAGAAGAAGGAAACGUGAUAAGGACUAAUCCGGAUGUGUCCAGAGAACUGGGUCGCAGAUGGAGAAACUUGCCACCAGAAGAAAAAGAAUACUGGAAUAAACAGGCCGAGGAAGAGAAAAAAAGACAUGCAGAAAGAUACCCUGGAUACAAAUACACUCCUAGAAGAAACAGUAAAAAGAACUGCCCUCACUGCAGCACAAAACAAGCAAUAAGAAAUCAUAACUUGGCCAUGCAGUCUUAUAUGGCCCAAUAUCCUAAUCAUGCGUAUGCCUUCGCCUUAAACGGCAAUCAAUAUUUCCCCCAGCCAGUGGGUACUGCCAAUGGAUCUGUUUCUCAACAGCAGGCUGUCCAGACAGUGCAACAACAAGCGGCAUCGCAAAUGCCUCAGCAACAGGCCUUGUACUACCAACCGAACAUGGUUGCUAUGCAACCUCAACAGUUCAAAUCAGAUGACAUUUACCCUGCUCUUGCGAGUGCAUCUACAGGGACCCAAAGCUCGAUGAGCCAGCAGCCGAGUAACAAGAACUCUUCAUCUCCAAAUGUGGCGCAACAAUCUGCGACUAUGAAUGACCAAACUCAAUACAUGACUUUUGUCAACCAGGUAAAUGGACAACAAGGCGCAAGAUAUUCUAACGGCCAAGCUCAGCAACAGCAGCAACAAAUAAAGGCUGAGGCGUCGCAGACACCAAAUUACUCACAGAUGUACAUGUCACAGAUGAUGGACACUAAUCAAAUAUACGCGACGAUGAGCAGACAGCAACAGCAGCAACAGCAGCAGCAACAACAACAAAACAUGUACAUGAAUCCAAUGUUCGGCUACGAUUUCCAGCAGAGUGCUCAAGCUCAAGCUCAAGCGCAAGCUAUGCAGAUGUCAUUGCCCUCAAUCAACAAUCUGUCUCUGCCACCACUGAACAUGAACCAAAAGAAUGGAGGCUGA